UCUAGAUUGGUGCUUUUGAGAGUACGAGUGAUGUGGAUAUGGUGUAUUGUGUCGCCGUCCUCUUUGUGUUGAAGAACCACAAGUUUCAGCUCACUACCUUCUGCACCUUCUGCCAGCAUAAAAAAGAGUUGGGGGCAAAUUCUUACUUCUCUUUAUUCUGUAUGGAUAAGCUAAUUCAGGCCGAAAGACGGAAGGAAAGCACAAAGGAUGCUGAGGUGAUUGCUGUUUCAGAGAGAUCUGGCCCGGGAGGCCUACAAGUCUAUGAGUUUGAGUAUGAAGUUGAUAGCACCAGAGGAGGAAUGAAGAGGGUUUUUUCCGCUGCAUUUGUGGCAUCUAAAAAGCUCUAUCUUCUAAAUAUUGCUCACUCUGACAAACCAGAGAGUCCUCUAAACACAGAAAAGAGAAUGAUUCUUGAAGAGGUUCUUCAUUCCUUUGAUGUUGUACCAUUGACUUGAAUGAUCAUCACGACAUAUU